AUGCUCGACGAUGCUACGGCUAAAGCUCGCUAUCGUUUUACUAUCACAGAGCUGAGGGAGCUGGCGAAGAAACUCAAGCUGCCCGAGGACGGUGUUACAACUCCGUCGGGAGAUCGAGUCGACCACGUUGAGGCGCUAGCAAUGCUGUGCCGUCGCCUUUCGGAGCCUUCGAAGUUGUUGACUGUAGCAAGUGAAUUUGGGCGAGGCACGGGUCCGUACAGUCGUGUCGUGAAAAAAACCGCUCAGCUUCUCGUUAACCAGCAUCGUGGCUUAGUAUACUUCAAUUAUCAACUCGUACAUCUAAGAAUUAACGAUACGUGGCUAGACCAAGUGCACGAGAGAACCCUGCCUCUGAAUAUGAAAAUCUGCAACGUGCUCUUUUCAAUGGGCAUCCACGUAGGCACUGUUUCAAUUGGCAAAGCCUUCAAGCCCCAGACGGGUUGAUCGUGAGUCUUUUUGGGCCUUUAGAAGGGAGACGACAUGAUUCCACAAUGUUAAAUCUCAGUGGUCUGGUUGAUUUAAUGGAGAAUGACCAGAGUGGAAUAUUUUGUGGAAAGCUAAUUUAUGGAGAUCCAGCCUAUGGUUGCAGUAGAUUUAUUUGCUGUCCGUCCAUUGACACGUCAACUAUAGCGGUAAAAUUCAACCGAGAAAUGAGCAGUGUCAGGGAAAGCGUCGAGUGGGGAUUUGGUCGUGUGAAGACACAAUGGGAAUUUCUGAAUUGGGAUAAAAAGAAUCGUGCUAGACAUACUGCAGUUGGAAAUCUCUUCUUUGUUGGGGUUUUAUUAACAAACUGCCAUACAUGCAUGCAACCUUUAGGCAACCAAAUCUCCAUGUUUUUUGGAUUAAUGCCUCCUACGCUAGAUGUAUAUCUUAGCUCUCAGACGUAUAUCUUGGCUCUCAGACUAAGCAGUUGUUCAAUUCAGAAAAUUAC